UUUGCGUUGGUUGUUCGUAGCAAAAGAGCCAGCCGCAGCCGUUAAUGAAGGCUCUCGGCGUCGCUGUUUUGCGUGCACUUUUCGUCGUUCGCGCAAACCUCGAAGGAGCUGGACAUGCUGCCUUGCUCUGUUAAUUUCACGCAAGAGAUAACCUAAGGAACAUACCCAUCUACGAGUCGGUGCUAAAGUUUGGUGAAAUCAGUGUUAAUGUAUUUUGUGUGUUUGUGUGUGUGGUGCUUCCGGUGAGACAGCGGCAUUUCUCGUAAGUCAGUAAUUCGCUUGGCUCGUUGAUCGUCCGCGCACCAGCUUUAAAUACAGGAUUGCCAGCAUGGGCGAUGUGGAAAUCGAGAACUUUGAGAUCACCGACUGGGACAUAGCCAACGAAUUCAACAUCAACAGAGUUCGGAGGCGGCCUACGAAAAAUCAGCAGAUUUACGGUAUCUGGGCUGACAGCGACGAUGAAGGAGGGGAUGAGCGGCCCAGUUUCCAGUCCUCGAAGAAGCACAAGGACUUCUCUGCACCCAUCAGCUUCGUGAGUGGUGGUGUGCGUCAGGUGGGAAAACAGGAAGAGAAGAAAGAAGAAGGCAGUGAAGAGGAGCAUGCAUCGAGCAGUGAAGAGGAAGUUAAGAUUCCAGCGAAAACCAAGAAGACUGGAUUCGCAGGUGGCCGUGGCGGUGUUGCUCAUGGCCUGCUAGGUGCUGAAGGGGGCUUCGGCAACUGGGAGAAAUACACGAAGGGUAUUGGAGCUAAGUUACUCCUUCAGAUGGGCUACCAGCCGGGUAAAGGUCUCGGCCGAGACCUCCAGGGCAUCUCCGCGCCCAUCGAAGCAAAGGUCCGCAAAGGCAAAGGCGCAAUCGGUCUAUAUGGACCAGAGACCAAAGGGCCAAAGCUUAUGGCGGCCGACGCAGCGGCCGAGGAGUCUAUAGGUCGCAAAGGAGCCCCGCCCGAGCUUAACCAGUGGCGAAAACGCAAGGAGGGUGAAAAGAAGGUGACCUAUGUCUACAAGACAAUCGAUGAGGUCAAGUCAGAGGGGGUCUACAAGAAACCGCCCACUGGGCCCCAGAGCAAGCUCAGCAAGGUGAAGGUGAUCGACAUGACUGGGCCAGAACAGCGGGUUCUGUCUGGUUAUCAUGAGCUGCACCAGCAGCACUCGAGGCCCGACGAACGCGAGGAGAUCGAGCUGAAGCGUGCCGUCGGAUCGCAAUUCUCGGUGCCGGAGCUGACGAACAACCUGACCCUUCUGGUCGACAUGACGGAGCAGCGCAUCGUGCAGAACGACCGCGAGGCCAAGCACGAGGAAGACCGCACCAUCAACCUUAGGCACGAGCUGGACCGUCUUGACGAGCUCAUCACGGCCGAGGAGAAGCAGGAGCGAAGGCUGGCGAAACUCAGUGAACUUGUGCAGACGAUGGUUGAUCGCAGCCAAGAGGAGCAUCCAGAGCCUCUGACGUUACAAGAGUGCGCAACCAUGUUCCACACAUUGCAAGACGAAUUCUACGAAGAGUACAAGAUGUACGGGCUCUCGGAUUUGGCCAUCACUCUCCUGUGCCCUAUGGUGAAGAAGGAGCUGGAAAAUUGGUCCCCCUUGAAGGAGCGGGAUGCCCACGUCAGCCUGUUCUGCACGUGGAAGGACCUGCUCGAGAUAUACGGCAGCAGGACGCAUGACCACCGCGAUGCACCCGAGGAGGACCCUUACCACAACCUGGUCUGGGAGACCUGGAUGCCACCAGUGCGGCAAGCAAUACUAGAAUGGUCACCGCGAAACAGUGAUCCGCUGAUCGAGUUGCUCGAGACAUGGAUGCCGCUGCUGCCCCGAUGGAUGUUGGAGAACAUCCUGGAUCAGUUUGUGCUUCCAAAGCUUCAAACUGAAGUCGAAGCAUGGAAUCCGCUGACAGACACCAUGCCAAUCCACUCAUGGCUGCACCCGUGGCUUCCUCUGAUGGGAUUGCGCCUGGAGCCCCUGUACCCACCUAUCCGGUUGAAGCUGGCCAAUGCACUCAGUGCCUGGCACCCCAGUGACGGCUCGGCCAAGCUCAUUUUGGAGCCCUGGCGGGGCGUCUUCUCCCAGGGGACCCUCGAGGCCUUUGUUGUCGCCAACAUUCUGCCCAAGCUGGCCCUGGCUCUGCAGGCCAUGCCCAUCAACCCACACCAGCAGCACUUGGAUCCCCGUGGCCAAAGAAGUCCCUAUCCAUUUAUGGAUAAGUGCCAGCAUGACGUGUGGCAGUGGGUGAUGGCGUGGGAGGACCUCUGUCCGGCGUCCAGCAUGGCCACCCUCCUGGAGAAGACCUUCUUCCCCCAGUGGCUGCAGGUGCUGGCGGGCUGGCUGCAGCACAACCCAAACUACCAGGAGAUCUCCAAAUGGUACACGGGAUGGAAGUCCCUCUUCUCCGACGCCCUGCUCCAGCAGCCCAGCGUGCGCGAGCAAUUCAAGAUGGCGCUGGACAUGAUGAAUCGUUCCGUCUCGGGCCUGCCGGUGGCGCUGCCUGGUCCUGGAGCCGGGCCGCCUGCUCCACCGGGGCUUUUGGGAUACAGGCCAGCGCCACUGCCGCCACAGCACAUGCCUCAGGAAAGCGUGGGUGGACGACCAGAAUACAGCCAUAUGCAGACGAUUCGAAGCUCCACCACUCCGGCCAACGCACAGAUGACCUUCAAAGAGCUGAUUGAGCAAAGAGCCCAGGAGAAGAACCUGCUGUUUGUUCCCAUGGCACAUCGAUUCCAAGAGGGCAAACAAGUUUACCGGCUCGGUCACGUAAUGCUGUACCUUGACCGAAAUGUCAUCUUCGUGUUCAACGGCAAGACAUGGGUGCCGACAUCCCUCCAGUCUCUGCUGGACAUGGCGGGUUGAGCCCAUUGAGCACCCCUUCACGUCACGGUCGUGACGUACUGGCUUUGCAGCAGUUGGCAGUUUGUGAUUGAAUGCGACGAAGGUCAUUCUUUGUUGCUGGCUUUCAGUAUGCAGCAACAGUAAGAUGCUCACCAAGACCAGUAAUGGUUUGAGUGCUACCAGAGACAAAGCCAUGGCAUGCCUGUGACAUACAGGCUUAGCGAUCCCGAUUCUUCCGUAGCUUCCAGCGGGAUAACAGAAUCGCAGAUGACGGUGGCAGCAUUUGCUUAGUCACCCACUGCAAUCAGUUGGCUAAAUUUAGCUCAUCGACAACGUUAUGACCCCGCCUUGAGUGCUGCAGGUGGCAAAGUCGGGACACGUUUGUGACAGUUGGGGUUUUGCCAUCGCAGUCACGUUUCGCCUGCUGCAUUGAAGUUGGUCACUGAUCUGUCUACUUUGUCACGUAGCAUUAUUAUUUGCCUGAAACUGACUAAAUGGCAAGGCGCUGUCACAUACCACUUGUAGUGAAUGACAUGCAACAUGUUUGUGACGAUACUUGUCUAGUGCUCUUAUUCUUGCACCAUCUGCAGCAUCAAAAAGUCAGUGCUUCUGACAAUCACCUUGUUGCAUAUCGUCACGAUUUGGCUAAACUCUCUCACCUCAGCGUCAGUAUGUCACAAAUUGUUUGUGACAAGCUUUCUAGGUCUUUUCUGGUGAAUGGGUAGGCAUAGGUUUCACCUGCAGUAGGUACUGAAUGAUGCGGCAGGUAUUCCCACACAGUGCGAGACUUGCCUCUGUGGGACGCUAUGCCAAUGGUUGGGAGAUUAGGAUGAUGUUCUUACUGAAAUGUGGUUGUACUUGUUUCCAGUAGGGGUCUUACUAUGGCAUAAACUGGUCACCCAUGAUUUAUUUCUAACAAUGAUGUAAAUCCUCUCAUAUCAAAUGCACCAAACAUUUGGUGCUCAUGGCUGUAAUAGAUAAACUACUACACAUGUACAUAAAGCAGCUAUCAUUUGUUUCACAUUUUAAAUGUUGUGAUGUUCAAUGCCUCUCUUGCUGAAUGUGCUGGACAUGAUGGUGCGACAUCUGGUUGUGUCACAGAGUGCUUGGUUUGCCAUCAUUUUUUGUAAUGCAGUCUUUUGUGUCUCUUGCUGAGCUCCCUGUAAAUAAAUCCCUUCCUCGGUGCA